AGUGGAAUAGCCCCACCACAAAAUUCUCUAUAAAUAGUCAUUUUGUUCUUGUGCAAUCUACAUAAAUCAUCAUCUCCAAAGAAAGAAAAUAAACUCAAAAAAGAAAAGAGAAAUGUCGGACGUCUGCCAAGACACCGCAGGUGAAGGGAUGAAGAGCUCGUGGCCUGAGUUGGUGGGGAAAAGAGGAGAAGAAGCAAAAGAUAUAAUUGAUAGAGAGAAUACCAAAGUGAAGGCUGAGAUUAUAUCUGAAGACGCUAUUGUUUUGGCUGUUGUGGUUUGUGAAAGGGUUUAUGUUCGUGUUAAUGACUGUGGCAUUGUCACGCAAACCCCUUUCGUCGGCUAAAUGAGUUAUUAUACACUCUAUUUGGGUGAAUAAAUAUGGAUCUUAUGCCUCUUUACAGAAAAUAAAAAAGAAUAAAUAUGGAUCUUAUUAUGUAAGGUAACUAACGUAUGUGUUGAAAGCCUUUUUUCAAAAAAAAAAAACUAACGUAUGUGUUAAAUAAGGUAUGGUUUUCGUGAAUGUUGUUAUAAGGAUUUGAGGCGUAUUAAAUGCCUCCAUUUGUAUUUUCUUAUUGUAACCAGAUUGUUGCAUUUGCUAUGUAAUUGGAAUAGUGAAAUAUUGAAAUUAAUGUAUGGUGACUCUAAUAGGCUCACAAAUUUGAAUUGAUAGAGAGAAUACGAAAGUGAAGGCUGAGAUUAUAUCUGAAGACGCUAUUGUUUUGGCUGUUGUGGUUUGUGAAAGGGUUUAUGUUCGUGUCAAUGACUGUGGCAUUGUCACACAAACCCCUUUCGUCGGCUAAAUGAGUUAUUAUACACUCUAUUU